CAACCCCUAACACCGACCGACAAGAGCAUCAUUGCUCUCAUUUCCUUUUGUUGUCGACCCGUUCCCCACACAAGAUAUCCAAGCUGGCUACCGCCGAGGUCCACGGUUUUCGCUAUUCUUCUACCCACAGCACCGGCACCAGGCCGUCCGCUGGGCAGUCCGCUCCCAAUCCGAAGAUGGGCUCCCACAUCGGCUCCGCCGAUCCCACGCAGACGGUCGACGGCCUGGUCCGCGCCAUUCGCGACCUAACGUCCGACCCGAACUACAAGCUCGUGGCCGACGUCUUCAGCGACUUCCUGUACGUCAAGGAGCAGAACAACAAACUCUCCACCUCGCACCAGGUCGUGCUCGAGGAGUACCGGAAAUUCCGGAACGAACUCGAGGCGCAGAAGGAUGUGAUCGAGAACGAGAAGAAGGACCUCGAGCACUUGGUGCAGGAAAAGGUGCAGGAGAUCGUCCAACUCAGCGCUGCCAGGACGAGGUUGGAAGGCGACCUCGAGGACACGCAGAAGAGGUUGGAAGAGGAAAAGGCAAACGCCGCCGAGGCUGCGGCGACUGCUGCCAAAGAGUACGCAGACCUGCAGGCAAAGUCUGCUCAGGAGUACGCAGACCUGCAGGCGAAGACUGCUCAGGAGUACGCCGACCUGCAGGCAAAGACUUCUCAGGAGUACGCAGACUUGCAAGCAAAGACUUCUCAGGAGUACGCCGAUCUGCAAGCGGCCAAGGCUGCCGUUGAGGAGGAGAAGAGGCUCGGCGAGGAGGCUGCCGCUGCUGCUGCUGCCAAGGCCGCGGACGAGAUCGCGGAGCUCACGGCGGCGAAGACUAAUCUGGAGGAGAUCAAGGCCAACAACGAAGCCGAGAUUGAGACGCUCAAGGGGAACAUCGCCGAUCUCGAGGCCGCCAAGGCCGGUCUCGAGCAGGUCAAGGCUGACAAUGAAGCCGAGAUCGCUUCGCUGAAGGAGAGGAUUGCGACACUCGAGGAGGAAAAGAGGAAGCUCGAAGAGGAGCUCGAGGCGGCCAGGCAAGAAAUUGCGUCGCUCAACGACACCAUCACUCAGAAGAACACUGAGAUCGAGAGCCUGCAGGAGUCGCUGCGGGCUGCCGAGGAGCAGAUCGCGUCGCUGCAGCAGACGGUGGCCGACAAGGACGCCGAAAUCGAGGACCUGCAUGGCAAGCUAAAAGCAGAGGGUGAACGAGCCGACAAAGCAGAGGCACAUGGGCGCGACCUGCAGAGCCAGCUGGACGACACCACGCAGAACCUCCACAUCACGAGGGGGAAGCUCACCGACCUCGAACAGUACCGCAUCGUCCUCAACAGCGAUAACGACGAUACCUACGUCACCGUUCUGGACAAGAUCUGGACCACCAUCGUCACGCUCGUCGAAGCGACGUUCCGGCCGGACAUCGACGAGCAGAUCCUGGCCGACCCGUCGUGCUGGACCAACCUGCGCAACUCGCCGUACCUCAAGCACGCGACGCAGCUGCAGAUCCCGCUGCCGCAGUCCAACACGCCGGCGGCCAAGGGCAUGCGCAUCAGCGCCGUGCUGGCGGUGCUCUCGCGCGCCAUGCACAAGCACCUCUUCCGGCCCGUGUACCUGCUCGACGACGACGACGAGAACCUGGUCAAGUUCCUGCGCGCGCUCGAGGACGAGGACCCGACGCGCGAGGCCCACAUGCGCGCCACCCUGCUCUCCAUGAUGCCGGAGCGGCAGGCCGACCUGGGCGCGCGCCGCGUCAAGAUGGUCGUGCGCGAGGUCUCGUGGCUGGUCCAGCACCUGCUCGGCGCGCUGCAGUUCGAGGCCUUCUGCUCCGGCCUCGAGGCCGCCUGCCGGCUCGCCCGCGAUCAGUGGAUGCGCAUCCAGCUGGCCCAGAUCAAGAUCGAGCCCUACUUCGGCCCGCCCUACGACGACUUCGACUGGCAGGUGCUGGAGCUGCCCGAGUUCGCCGAGGCGGCCGAGCGCGACGCCGCCGGCGUGCCGCACACCACCGACGACCCGGACGAGUCCGUCGCCCCCGACGACCGCCUCGAGACGAGCAGCGCCUUCCACGACGCGGCGUCGCACGGCCCGGACGACGAGAUGAUGGAGGGCGAGAUCGACCCGGACGAGAUCCUGCUGGUCGUCUGGCCCAGCAUGUGCGCGGUCGAGGGCGGCGAGCUGAUGUCCAUCACGCAGGGGCUGGUCAUCUCCAAGGAGCAGGCGCGCCCGGCGCUCGAGGAGCAGCGCUCGCGCUCGCGCCUGAUCCCGCGGCCCGGGUCUCGCCGCGCCCGCACGCUGUCCAUGCCCGGCCAGAGCCGCGGCAGCAGCCCGCGCGGCAGGCUCGGCCACUUCCACGCCCACUCGCAGACCGCGUCCGAGGUCGCCGUCGAUGGCCCGCCCGAGGACAUCUGACGGCAAUGACGGUGCGUGUGCGUCUCAGCUAGGGGGGGUUCGGGCGUGAUUGGCAGCGACUUGUGAUAGUCUGUUGCUUGUCUCUCUAGUUUCGCUCUCUCAUUCAGGUAAUCUUCACCUCUCGGCAACAGUGACCCUGAGUUUGACGGGCUGGGUUAAGGAUUGGUCAUGGCAUAAGUUGCACACAAAAGUCUCUUUUUUUAAGGAAAUCACAGCAUGGUGCGUUAGACUUCCGAGUUUUGGGGUUUCCUUUUUUUUUUUUUCUCUUCUUUCUUCCUGUUCUUCUUUCUUCUUUUUUCUUUUCUUUUUCUUUUCUUUGUUUCUUUUUGUCAUCUUUUCUUUUUCUUUCUUUUUUUUAUUUCUAAUAUUAUGUAUGACGGCAUUGUAUUGGGUACCGCGUCGAGAGCAUCGGCCACGGAUGGAGUUGGCUUCACAUAUCGGAACUGGCUGGUGCUCGGCGAUAAGACUGGGAAGAUUGGGAAAUGCGUGGAAAAUUAGGAAAAUGUCUUCACCUG